AUGCCUUCUAUGAAUAAGAAUAAAUUCAAAACUUAUGAUUAUAGACAUCCUCUUUAUAUCGGUGGUUGGAAAAAAAAUGUCGCGUAUAUAGAUAAAGACUUUGUCAAAGACAAUUUAGACGAACCUCAUAUGAAGAGAAACAUAACAAUUUUAAGCCAAUAUCCAGAAAUUGAAAUUUUAUAUGGAUAUGAUAGUAUUACCGUAGUAAUUGCCAUUGUCGGAACAAUAAUUCAAGUAAUAAUAGCAUAUGUAUUUGGUCGCUUGCUAGUCGACUGGAAUUUGACAAUGUUCAUUGUUUCAUAUAUCUUUGGAGGGUCUAUGACACAGAUUUAUAGUAUAAUAAUUCAUGAAACUACACAUAAUCUCGCGGCAAAAACAGAAUUUCAGAAUCGUCUCGUGGGUCUUAUCGCAAAUAUAGCAGUACCAAUACCUAUAGCCAUGUCUUUUCGUCGACACCAUUUAGAACAUCACGCUUUUCAAGGGGUAGAAGAUAAAGACCCUGACUUACCUUCGGAAUGGGAAAGAAACAUUCACCCGGUAGCAGCUCGUUUUAUCCAGGAGCAUUAUACGUUUGAUGAUGGUCAAGAAACUUAUUCCUAUUAUGGAAGCUUUAAUAAAAUAUUUAUGAAUAUUGGAUAUCAUACCGAACAUCAUGAUUUUACAAAGAUACCAUGGACAAGACUUCCUAUAGUUCACAAAAUUGCAACUGAAUAUUACGAUAACCUUGCUUAUCACACGUCAUGGUUUAUGGUAAACUGGAAUUUUAUCACGCAACGUCAGUUUGGGCUACAAAGUCGUUUAAAAAGAAGUGUUGAAGCACAUGAAAAAGGUCGAAAAAUGGUGAAAUUUUUAAAAAGAGCUUUAAAUUCAUAA